AUGAGAAACUCUUCGACGAAUGUGGUCAUGAUUGGGAUAGAUCUGUACUCGAUGGCGUAUGCAGUUGUUAUUGUGACGAGAACAGCCAUAAAGAACCUGAAUGCCUGGUAGCUAACUGAAAACGACAAUUCUGUACUUCAUUUCAGUGUCAGCUGGUUUCCUGACUCGUAUCUCUACGCUCUCAUCUACUGGAUCGCUUCCUCGUUCCGCGAUGACGUCAGAACGGUCUCCUGCUUCUUAGGACUUGCAAUGGCUUUGAUCCGAGCAAUUGUGAUCAGCUAUCCGAGUUCUUCUAAAAUAUACGUGAACAAUAUCAGCUCAUUCAUUUCACUCCGAGCUUUCCAGAUCUUCCAUGACGUCAGCAGAAUUCGGCUGGAAGACCUGCGCGUGGGCGUUCAUUUCCAGCUCGCUCCGUGCCAGAGUUGA